CCGAGCGGUUCAUGACUGCUCGCAUUGAAGUGCGACCAGCACUCUAGGCAGUUGAUUCAUGGAAUUGUCCGAUUUACAUGCAAAUUAAUCCAAAACAGCAGUCAUUGAAGCUGCUAAUUAUACCGAUGUUAGGACGGUGACUUGCUGACAUCACUGACGCUCAUUAGCAUUCAGGGGGUUGUGCGGAGUCUGCUGACUGGAAGGGCGAUCGCCGCAACUCAAUACCCUACUCAUUUCUCCGAGGAGAAAGCUUCGUACUUCUUUUCAAUUGCCUUGAGCUACUGGGACCUUGGAGACGAAGUUAAAUAUACGCCGGCUUCUCUUCCUACAUGGUUCAUUUGAUAAAUCCUCCUUUAAACCUCCUUUAAAUCGGCUAUUCAUCUGGACUACUUGUGAGCGAAUAAGAUGGUAAACCUUGUGCUGUGAUAGUAGGAAAAUGGAACAAAGCCUAAAUUGAUCAAAGGGAACAUUUAUAUCUGAACACUCAGUGCAAUAUCGUCAUUUGACGUCGAGAGAAAAGUUGGGGUCGCUGUUCGGCUUUGAGUUAUUUCCAAGAAUCUGGGAGCUUGGUGUUUGUCUUGCAAAGAGGUUUCACAAAGGCUCGCGGCUCAGAAGGCAGAGGAACAGCUUUACGGUGUCACAGAGACUGGAGUGCGAGUGGGAUGAUUCGUGGCACAGCAGUGGCGCUGAAGCGGUGUGAAAAGGCUGGUAAUGAGGAUCGCAUUUUAAAAAAAUACAUUGCAGAGAGCGGGGACAAAUACUCCUUUUAUCGUAGCUUGUGAAAGGAAGAUCUGUCUGCACUGUAAGUGUCCACGCGAGGAGCAUGUGGUGGCCGUGAUGCCUCUGGAGAUGGAGAAGACGGUCACUAAGCUGAUGUACGACUUCCAGAGGAACUCCACCUCCGACGACGACUCGGGGUGCGCUCUGGAGGAGUACGCAUGGGUCCCGCCUGGGCUCAAACCAGAACAGGUUCACCAGUACUAUAGCUCUCUCCCGGAGGACAAAGUGCCGUAUGUGAACAGCCCUGGAGAAAAGCACCGGAUUAAGCAGCUGCUUCAUCAGUUGCCCCCGCACGACAACGAGGUCCGGUACUGCAACUCUCUCGAUGACGAAGAGAAGAGGGAGCUGAAGCUUUUCAGCAACCAGCGAAAGAGAGAGAAUCUGGGUCGGGGGAACGUGAGACCGUUUCCUGUGACAAUGACCGGGGCGAUCUGUGAGCAGUGUGGUGGUCAGAUAAACGGGGGAGACAUCGCCGUGUUUGCGUCGCGGGCGGGUCACGGGGUCUGCUGGCACCCCCACUGCUUCGUGUGCAGCAUGUGUGACGAGCUGCUGGUGGACCUCAUCUACUUCUACCAGGACGGGAAGAUCUACUGCGGCCGCCACCACGCCGAGCGCCUCAAACCUCGCUGCUCCGCCUGCGAUGAGAUCAUCUUCGCCGACGAGUGCACGGAGGCGGAGGGGCGGCACUGGCACAUGAAGCACUUCUGCUGCUUCGAGUGCGAGACGGUGCUGGGGGGCCAGCGCUACAUCAUGAAGGAGGGCCGGCCCUACUGCUGCGGCUGCUUCGAGUCCCUGUACGCCGAGUACUGCGACUCGUGCGGGGAGCACAUCGGUAUAGACCAGGGUCAGAUGACCUAUGACGGGCAGCACUGGCAUGCUACAGAGUCCUGCUUCUGCUGCGCUCGCUGCAAGAAGUCUCUGCUGGGACGUCCCUUCCUGCCCAAGCAGGGUCAGAUCUUCUGCUCGCGCUCCUGCAGCGUGGGCGAGGACCCCAACGGCUCCGACUCCUCCGACUCGGCCUUCCAGAGCGCCCGCUCCCGCGAGUCCCGCCGCAGCGCCAAGAUCGGCAAGAACGGCGGCAAGGCCGAGGCGUGCCAGUCGGUGCCGCUGCUGGCCGCGCCGGGCCGCUUCUCGGCCGACGUCGACCCGCUGUCCCUCCAGAUGGACCUGCUGAGCCUGUCCAGCCAGGCCCCGAGCCUGACCCGCGAGCCCCAGGCCUGGAAGAGCCAGGGCGAGCUGUACGGGUACGAGGGCCGGGCCGAGGCCGCGCCCAGCCCCCUGCAGCUCCUCAGCCAGUGCAACGUGAGGACGGCCUACAGCCCCACGCAGGGCCCCGCCAUCCCGCCGGACCCCAGGGCCAAAGAGCCCGGCGGCGGGAAGAGGCCUACCAUGGCCGCCCUGAAGGGACACUCCUUAAACGAGAACUGGUUCCACCAGGGCCAGGACGACUACUUCCCCCCCAAGCUGCAGACGCAGGGGAGCUUCAACGAGGUGGCCCACAACGGCUUCGCCGACAAGCGCUCGGUCAGCCUGCACGUGUUCCAGAGGGACAGCCGGGACGUGGCCCCCCAGCGCGGCCGCUCCAGGAACCCCAUCAGCGCACUUAGCUUCACCGAGCAGCUCACCCCCCUGGAGCAGACGCCCCGCGGCUCCAUGGAGUCUCUGGCCCUGUCCAACGCAACAGGAACGUCGGCGGACGGUGGCACGAAACGGCAGGAGCACUUGUCCCGGUUUUCCAUGCCGGAUUUGAGCAAGGACUCCGGAAUGAACGUUUCGGAGAAGAGCAACAUGGGGACCCUGAACUCCUCGGUCCAGUUCCGCAGCACGGAGUCCCUGCGGAGCCUGAACUCGGUGCAGCCGUACGGGGACCUGGAGCGGGCAGUGCCUCUCAAGUACCCACUGCAGUACCGCGAGUCCCCCGCCAUGGCGCACCGGCAGCAGGGCUUCGCCUACCAGGAGGAGGACCGCCUCAGCCUGGCGGGCGGCGGCGGUAACGCCCGGCUGGCCCCCAUGAGCGAGAGGACUCGCCGACGGGCCGGGGGCCUGGAGGAGCCCCGCCGGAGGCACCACCACCACCGCUCCCGCCGGUCCCGCCGCUCCCGCUCGGAGAACGCGCUGCACCUGGCCGCCGAGCGCCGCCCCCACGCGCAGGACCGCCCCCACCUGCACGCCCGCGAGGACUACGACCAGUUCCCCCCGCCCCGGGGCGCCAGGGACCCGUUCGGGGGCGGCAGGUUCAGGCAGGACCCCUACCGCCCGUGCCCGCGGACCACCUCCGACCUCACCCUCCAAAACCCCAUGAGCCACCGCCCGGGCCCGUACGCCUGGGACGACUACGAGGACGAGCGCUGCUCCACCUGCUCCUCCUCCUCCGAGUCGGACGACGAGGGCUACUUCCUGGGGGAGCCCAUCCCCCGGCCCGUGCAGCUGCGCUACCUGACCAGCGAGGAGCUCCUGCACAAGUACAGCUCCGCGGGGCUCGGGGGCCAGCUGCACACCCGCAAGCGCAGGAAAAGCAAGAACUGCAUCAUCUCUUAGCAAAUGGCCAUGGAGAAUGUGCCCACUCCCUUAUUAGGAGAGCCUGUGAACAUUUCCACCAGGAGAGGCCACCCCUGGACUUGGGGAGCUGCAGGGUAUGCCGUUUUUCUUUCAUUGUUACUCAGCACUUAAUGGAUCAGUCAAAGCAGUUGGUAAAUUACAUAGCACACCUCAUCUGCUUUCUUGGGUCAGAAUUAGUUGCUGAUUUUCAGGUAAAAAUAAAAACCAGCAGACCCUGGCACUCCAGGGCUAGUGUUGGCCAUCCUUAGUUUGUACUCUGCAGUUAAAGCCACAACUUGGAAUUGCUUUUAGUAACGUAAGGUUUUACCCGUGAGCAAUAUACAAUAAGGUAACCCAUUGACAGCGCAAAAUGUUGCAUGUUUUUUUCCCCAUUAACUGUUUUAGUUUUAACCUGAGUAUAUGUCCAUUAGCUCAUGUCUUGCACUCCACCUAACUGCCAACAUCCUAAUCAGUGCCGUUGUACAAUCACAAUAUUUGUUACCCUCUCAAGCUCAGUAAAGUUCAGUAUGGUUCUGCUCUUUUUGCGAUGUGGGUUUUAGUACUUAACCAUUUAAUUCGGUUCUUUAAAAUGUAUAUAAAUAAGUUCACUAAGUUAAGGAUGUAAUGGUGUAAAUAUUAUGUAAAUGAGGUCCCACAUAUUUUUAUAUUUUGUAUCGAUAGAACCAUUCAUGUAUUAUAAAAUGUAGAAAUAGGAACGCAUGCCCGUUUAUUUGCUGAUCUUGUCUUGCGUUGUAAUUAAAGAGUAUUUCAAUGAA